AUGACUUCCGUUCUUUUCUGGCCGUUGCUCCCACUGGUUCUGGAACUGCUGGUUAUCGCACAGGUAUUGUUUGUCGCUGUCUCACUUCGUUCCAUGGCCGAUCCGGUCGGAGUGGAAGUAGCCAAUCAAACUGUUCGUCUGGAUUGGGAGGAUAAAGCGCGAAAAGAUUUGAAAGAUCUGGUUCAAAUGAUUCCCUGUGACCCCUUAUCCAACUCAUCUGCCGGAAAAGCUUGCAGGUUUCUUUACUAUGGUGGUCGUAAAUACACCAUAUUUUUACAGUUCUUCAAUUUGUUCAUGUUCUUCUGGCUCGUGAACUUCGUCCGUUCUCUGGCUGAAAUGACUCUGGCCGGCACGUUCGCACACUACUAUUUUUCUCGACUCAAUCCCAAGAGCAUGCCCCGUUGCCCGCUACUAAGCAGUUUCUUCCGUGCGGGUUUCUAUCACAUCGGUUCGUUAGCUCUCGGUUCGUUGUUGGUAGCCCUACUACAAUGGCUUCGUGUUAUUCUGGAAUACAUUUCGACCAAACUGAAGAAAUACGAUAACGGCUUCACCCAAUGCCUCACACGAUGUUUGUGCUGUUGUUUCUGGUGUCUGGAGAAAUUUUUACGCUUCCUCAAUCGAAACGCAUUCAUUAUGAUAUCUAUCUACGGUCAAAGUUUCUGCUCCGGUGCACGAUCAGCCUUCUAUCUGUUGUUACGCAAUGCGGUGCGACUAAGUUACCCUCAGAUACCCCCUACCAGUCGCAAUCGACUCGCUAUUCUCAACUCCGUUUCUGCUCUAGGCCAACUUGUUCAUGUGUACUGUUGGAUUCGUGAAACAGCUGCUCGCAAUUGA